CAGCGUCCCGGAGGCUCACUCGCGUCGCCGACUCGCCGCGCCCAGUCGCCCAGUCUGCCUCUGCCCAGGCCGAGAACUCGUCUUGACCGCGCCUCCGCACUGUCCGCACUGCUCCGCACCGCGCAGCUUCCUGCUCCGCGUUCGGCCGGCUCUGCCCACCACCAUGCAGCCCGCCGCGGUGCUCGGCGCCGUGCUCGCCGCCACGCUCGUCCUGGCGAACGCGCAGGACAAAGGUCAAGACUGCCAGCAUGAGCGCCUGGGCGUGGCCGGCAAGUGCGUGUUCCUCAAGGACUGCCCCCACGCCGUCAAGGACCUCGAGGACAACAUCAACCCCCAGAUCUGCGGCUUCUCGCACUCCAUGGUGCCCAACGUGUGCUGCCCCGACGAGUCUGCGGCGCCGACGCCGUCAGCGGUGACUGUCCCCAGUGAGGGGACCGGCGAGGCGACCGGCGAGGGGGCCGGUGACGUCGCCGAGCGGGACCAGGCCCUGCCAGUGGGGGGCAUCGCGAGGCGAAAGUGCCUGGAGUACGCGCAGACGGUGCGGCAGCAAGGACUUUGUCCGAAGCCAGGCAGCUCCACGGUCCACAAACUCAUCGUCAACGGGGUGCCCGCCGAGCCCAAGGAGUUCCCGCACAUGGCGCUUCUGGGCUACGGACCCCGCGACUCCAUCGUGUGGAGCUGCGCCGGCUCGCUCAUCUCGGACCGCUGGGUGCUGACGGCCGCGCACUGCCUGUCGCACAACACCAUGGGCACGGUGUCGUUCGCACUGCUGGGCGACCUAGACCGGUCCACGGACGAGGACGACGCGCGGCCCCAGCUGGUGGCCGUGCAGGAGAAGGUCAGGCACCCCGAGUUCGAGCAGAAGCUCAGGUACCACGACAUCGCGCUGCUCAGGCUGCAGCGCCCCGCCGUGCUCAGCGAGUACGUGAGGCCCGCCUGCCUGCACACGGCGGCCAGCGUGCGGCUGCGCGACGGCGACAACGUCACCGUGUCCGGCUGGGGCGUCGAAGACUUCGCCGAGGACCAGCUCAGCUCCAUGCUGCUCAAGGCCCGCCUGCAGGUCACCUCCCAGGACACGUGCAACAAGAGCUUCUCGGCGUCGACGCGCAUCCCCGGCAGCAAGCUCCCGGACGGCAUCAAGCCCACGCAGCUCUGCGCCGGCUCCAAGUCGGGCAAGGACGCGUGCCAGGGCGACUCGGGCGGGCCGCUGCAGGUGUUCACGGCGGACGCCCCGUACUGCAUGCAGCACGUGGUGGGCGUCGUCUCGCUCGGCAUCUUCUGCGGCUCCACCACCACGCCCGGCGUCUACACCAGGGUGUCGGCCUACACCGCCUGGAUCGAGCGCACCGUGUGGCCGCCCAGCAGCCGCUAA